AUGUCCAAAAAAACAGUUACACAGCAACCUGCAUUACAUAAAGUAAUUAUGGUGGGAAGUGGAGGAGUAGGAAAAUCUGCACUUACACUUCAAUUUAUGUAUGAUGAAUUUGUUGAAGAUUAUGAACCUACAAAAGCUGAUUCAUAUAGAAAAAAAGUCGUAUUAGAUGCAGAGAAUGUUCAAAUUGAUAUUUUGGAUACUGCAGGACAAGAAGAUUAUGCUGCUAUAAGAGAUAAUUAUUUUCGAAGUGGAGAAGGAUUUUUAUUUGUUUUUUCAAUAACUGAGGAAGAUAGCUUCCAAGCAACUCAAGAUUUUAGAGAACAAAUUCUUAGAGUGAAAAAUGAAGAAAGUAUUCCAUUUUUACUUGUUGGAAAUAAGUGUGAUUUAGAGGAUAAGAGAAAGGUUUCUUAUGCUGAAGCAAAAAAUAGAGCUGAUCAAUGGGGUGUACCUUAUGUUGAAACAUCCGCCAAAACCAGGGAAAAUGUCGAUAAGGUAUUUUUUGAUUUAAUGAGAGAAAUAAGGUCUCGUAAAAUAGAAGAAAACAAAUCAAAUGUUGGAAAAGGAAAGGACAAAAGUAAAAGAAAAGAAUUUAAAUGUAUAAUUUUAUAG